UUAAUAGGGUGCUUAUUUUUUCCUCACAACACAAGAAUCAGGCAUUGGCUAGAGUAAAAAAAGGAAAUACUGUUUCAGACAAUACAUAAUUAAGAAGCAGAACAUCCUGUCCAAGAAAGCACAAAGUGAAAAGCAUAAAAAAUUAUAUUUCCAGUUCCUUUGUGGAGGGCAGGCUCAUGGAUGGUGUCAGCCACGCCGGGUGACUCCCCGCUCAGGAGGGCCGGCUGCAGGAGGGUAUUUGUACCGUGCAGAGACAGGCUGCCAGGGUAGCCGGCUCUGCGGCAGUGACAUCGUUACCAACAAGGCCGCCUGGCCUCUCCCAGCACCGUCUUUUACACAGCCGAGCUUUCCGGAGGCACGGCUCGGGCGUUCUGUCCCGGGGAGCUUCGUGAGGGAUGAGGGCGGACGGGCUGGCUCUGGAAACUGCCUCCCGCCUUUUCCCGCAGUAGUUCCCUGCUCCAGUCACGCAGUGCGGCGGCGGAGGGCGCACGACAGGCAGAGGCCCACAGAAAACCGCCCGCCCGCCAGCAGCGACCCCGGUGUCGAGCCCGCCUUCCCCCAGCCGCCAUCUUGGGGCCGGGCGGAAGAACUACCGCUCCCAGCGCGCUCGGCGCCGCGGCGCCAUCUUGCCGCCGGCAGCUCGGGUGGGGGGCGGCGGCGGUCGAGACAUGGCGCUGUUCCCGGCCUUCGCCGGGGCCGCCCAGCCAGGGGAGCCCCCCGCCGGCAGCUCCGAGGGCUCCACGAGAGAGUUAGACUGGCUUAGUAACCCAAGCUUCUCUGCAGAAGAUGCACUACUACUGCACCAGCGCACUACAGAAGCUACCAAUCUCAUUCCUGAAAAAUCGCCAUUAAUAAGGACUUCUUCAAGAUCUGAGUUGUCAGAGGAGAGUGAUACGGAUGAGAGUCUGAAACAGACAAGUAAGAAAAGGAAAAAGAAAAAGAAAAAGCAUCACCACAAUAAGAAGACAAAAAAGAAAACCAAAGGGGAUUCCAGUAGCAGCGAAUCGGAGGUGGACACUAAGCACAUCAAGGACAAAGGAAGUGGCAAAAGUAGUGAAAAGGAAGCUGCAGCAAAUGUAGGUAAGAAAGCAUCAGGUGUUACCAGCAGUCACUCUAUUUGGCUUGAUGACAUCCAGGCCCCCAGAGCAGACACCUUCCGGAUAGACAAGAAACCAGACCCUGCAAACUGGGCCUACAAAUCCUUGUAUCGUGGGGACAUAGCAAGGUAUAAAAGGAAAGGAGAGUCCUGUCUUGGCAUAGAUGCAAAGAAACAGUGCAUAAGUUGGGACAGUUCUGCAUCAAAAAGGAAGCAAGCACAGAGUCGACCUGAGCGCUACUUUACAAAGAACAAUGUGAAGAUGCUGAACACAGAUGGGAUUCUUGUAUGUAAUAAAAAUUCUCCAUCUGAUCCACCUGCUUUUAUACCAGUUUCCCAAGUGGAAACUGAUGAUUCUUCUGACACAAUAGAAGUAAAUCCUCUUGGGAUUUAUGAUCCAUCAACCACAGUGUGGCUGCAAGGAAAAGGGUGCAAGAGUGCAGAUAGUGAGUCUGUAAAUACACAGCAAACAGUUCAAGAGCCUGGGAUAAACAUGAACUCCAUUCUAAUGACAAAAGUGGAAGAAUAUAACAAGAGAGUUAGAGAAAACCCAAGAGAUAUUAAUGCUUGGAUGGAAUUUAUUUCCUUUCAGGAUGAAUUAAUGAGAGGACCUAGCCCUUAUGCCAGCAAGGGAGAGCAAGAAUUAAGGAGAAAAUCACUCAAGUUAAUCUUGGAAAAGAAACUGGCCAUUUUGGAGAGGGCAAUUGAAAGCAAUCCAAGUAAUGUUGAUCUGAAACUUGCCAGGCUGAAGCUUUGCACAGAAUUCUGGGAACCACCAGCUGUGAUCAAAGAAUGGCAGAAGCUAAUUUUUUUGCAUCCCAAUAAUCCAGAGAUGUGGAAGAAAUACCUUCUGUUCUGUCAAAGUCAGUUCACUACCUUUUCUGUUUCAAAGAUCAACAGUCUCUAUGGAAAAUGUUUGACAACACUGGCAGCUGUACAGGAUGGCAGCAUGGUGUCCCAUCCUCUGCUGCCUGGCACUGAGGAAGCUAUGCUGGCUAUAUUUAUUCAGCAGUGCCACUUUCUGAGACAGGCUGGCCAUUCUGAGAAAGCAGUGUCUUUGUUUCAGGCUCUGAUUGACUUCACCUUCUUUAAACCUGACAGUGUAAAAGAUCUGCCAACAAGGGGACAGGUGGAAUUCUUUGAACCCUUUUGGGAUAGUGGAGAACCACGAAUUGGAGAAAAAGGAGCAAGAGGCUGGAAAGCAUGGAUGCACCAACAAGAAAAGGGUGGCUGGGUUGUUCUCAAGCCUGAUGAUGAGGAUGAGGAAGACUUAGAUGAAGAUCAAGAAAUAAAAGAUAAAACUCUUCCCAAGUGGCAUAUUUGGUUGGAUAUUGAAUAUUCCCGGGAGGCAAGGCACUGGUUACCUUGGAGGCCAGACAAAACCAAAAAGGAAACUGAAGAAGAUUGUGAAGAUCCAGAAAGACAGGUGUUAUUUGAUGAUCUUGGACCGUCUUUAAUCCGUCUUUCGAAUCCAAAGCUUCAACAUCAACUCUUGUACUCUUUUUUGCAAUUCCUGGGAGUUCCAUGUGCAAGUAAACUCUUUCCUUCCAGUCUCUAUAUUGCCAUGGAUGAAAAUAACAUCUUUGACAGUGUGCUCUAUGAUGAUAAACCACUGACUUCUGUUGAUUUUCCACUCUCUGGAUUCAACAGUAUUGGUCAUAUGGAUACAAUGUCACGAGGCAGACAUCAGAUAGGCCACUAUAAAGAAGGAGAGGAGUUCAUACAGAAUGUCUUCCAUGUUCUGUCCCAGAUAUUUACAGGAAAGGAAAAAUCUAACCUGGCCAUUUGUUGGCUACAGUAUGAAAUAUCUAAGGUAAUUCAGUGUCUCCAAGCAAAAAAGAAAAAGAAGCUAAAAGCACAAGGGAGGAAGAGUAAAAAGUUGGCCAAGAAUUUUCUUAAAGCACCUGACAAUCGAAACAACCUUUCUCUCUGGAAACUCUAUGCCUACCUAGAGUGGCUGCUUGGUAACACAGAUGAUUCCAGGAAGGUGUUUGACACAGCUCUUUGCACAGCAGGGACAGGAGGAUUGAAGAGUGUUCAGCUCUGCAGCCUCAGCCUGCUGUACGCUCAGCUGGAAGUGGAACUGCUGGAAAGUAUGGAAGGAGCUGUCACGUCUCCUGCUGUUCAUAUAUUGACCAAAUUGACUGAAAGUGGACCAUAUGUGCCCUAUAGUGGACAAGUGUCACCUGUGAAUGUCUUGAAAGCUCGUAAAACAUAUGAGCAUGCACUGCAAGAUUAUUUAAGUAAAACAGCAGUUUCUGAUCAGGAUCAGGUCUGUGGUACUGAUCAGCUGGUUAACCUGGUUGGUUGUUAUGCACUGUUUCAGUAUUUGACUGUUGGGAUCGAUGCUGCAGUAUUAAUAUAUACGCAGGCUUCAGAAAAACUUGAAGUUUCUAGUUCACAGAAAUGUGAAAAUACUGGAGAGAAUUUUGGCAUUCUAAAUUUUCCCACUGCUCUUGAAGCUGUCACACUGCUGCAUACAAAUUUACUGAGAUUCCACAUGAAAAUCAGUGUUUAUCCUUUGAAUCCCCUGCGAGAGGCACUAACAGAGGCUCUGAAACGGUAUCCUAGCAACCAGUCUCUUUGGAGGUCAUACAUCCACAUCCAAAGGAAGUCUCACAGUGCAAGCAAAGCACGAAGAUUUUUUGAUAGUGUCACAAGGUCUACUAACUCUUUAGAGCCAUGGCUGUUUGCAAUCCAAGCAGAGCAGAUGAGAAAAAAGCUCACAGAGAAAGUCCAGAGGGCAGAUGUUGGUGAAAUACAUUGUACUAUUCCUGAAACUGGAUUAACAAAUCGGAUUGUAGCUCUGUUUGAACAUGCAGUUCAGAGUGAAAAUGGUACCCAUUGUCCACUGCUAUGGAGAAUGUAUUUGAACUUUAUGGCUUCACUAGGAAAAAAAGAAAAAAGUAAAGGAUUGUUUUAUAAAGCUCUUCAAAACUGUCCUUGGGCAAAGGUGCUCUAUAUGGAUGCAGUGGAGUAUUUCCCUGAGGAUCUGCAGGAGACACUCGAUCUAAUGACUGAAAAAGAGUUGAGAGUGCGGGUGCCUAUGGAAGAGCUGGAUCUACUACUAGAGAUUUAAAAGCUAGUAGAAGUACAGAAGCUGCUUCCAAAGCUAACAAUUAGAUUCAUUUUCAUCCAGAAACUCUGUUGGGACUUGGGUACUAUGUACUUGGCAUUUUUUUGUUAAAUAUUUUAUAUAAAUUCCUAUGAAAAUGGAGUUCUACUACCUGCAAGUGUUCUGGAAUCAAGGACUGCAUUUUGCCCACAAUAAUGGAUCCAUUUCUCUGCAGUAUUGCUGCUCCCACAGAAGGAUAGCCUCCUUAAAUAGCCUCCUGUUGGAAAUUGCCUGCAUUCUUACUCUAUUGUUUGAAAUUACAUUCCCUAGGGUUCAGUAGAGGUUUGGUACAUGCUAGCUAUGGCUUGAUGAGCAGCACAGGAAAUAAACAUCUGCCAAAUGGAUGUUCCAUUGUCCACCAGUUGGCAGACUUCAGUAAUUUCCUUCAGCGUGGUCUGGCUGUGCAUAUGCAACUGCCAAGUCAAACAGCCAUUACGUCUGUACAAAUACUGUAAAAGAUAAAUUUUUGUUUGAGCAGGCACCUAUUUUGGUAUGUUUUGACAGAUGAUCAUUUAAAUGUAAAUCUUUCUGAAAAAUAUUCGUGCAUAUUUGAAAAUUCAAAAGUAACUUGUUUUUUAUGUAUUAAUAGAACUGGGUGUAUUAAAAAUUAAAAUCUGUCC